AUGGCGGUCGCAACCAUGCUCCAACCGGCCUCGCGAGGCUCGACCUCGACCAACUCCUCCUUCGAACCGGUCAGCCGUACCAAUACCUUCUCGAGCCACGAUGGCGCUCGCUCCUUGCGACAAAGCAAAAGGGUCAGCAUGACCGCCCUCUAUGCGAGCAUGAGCGCAAAGGACAAGGACUUGGAAAUCAGCGAUGAACUCGCUCGUGCACAACGCUCGCUCAGGGAUUUGAAGGUCAAGAUUUCAAAUCAGUCCAAGAAGAACUUCGUCCUGGAAAAGGACGUCCGCUACCUGGACUCAAGAAUUGCCCUGUUGAUCCAAAAUCGCAUGGCCUUGGAAGAGCAAAAUGAGGUUGCCAGUCACCUUGACGAGGCCGCUGAGCUCCAAGAAGGAUCAUUUCCAAACGACGACAAGACCCAGAAAUACGGCAACCUAUUCUUCAUGCUUCAGUCCGAGCCCAGGCAUAUCGCUCAUUUAUGUCGUCUGGUCACCAUGGCCGAGAUUGAUUCCCUAUUGCAGACCGUCAUGUUUACAAUUUAUGGAAACCAAUACGAGAGCCGAGAAGAGCAUCUACUGCUGACCAUGUUUCAAUCGGUCUUGACCCAUCAGUUCGAGACAACACCUGAAUAUUCCUCUUUACUCCGUCAGAACACUCCGGUUUCCCGUAUGAUGACCACCUAUACCCGGCGCGGCCCCGGGCAGAGUUUCCUCAAAGAAGUGCUUGCCGAAAAGAUCAACUCGCUGACCGAGCUGAGCGACGUGGAUCUUGAGAUCAACCCCUUGAAAGUCUACGAGGCCAUGGUCAAGCAAAUCGAGGACGAUACGGGCGUUCUCCCGGAAGACCUACCCCGGUCUGUCACUGCCGAAUUUGCUGCGGAGAACGCACAAGUGCAAGCUAUCAUUACGCCACGGCUCAAGAUGCUGACCGAAAUCGCGGAAGGAUUCUUAUCUGCGAUUAUUGAAUGCCUGGAGGAGACACCUUAUGGAAUCCGUUGGAUCUGCAAGCAGAUUCGGAAUCUCUCGCGGCGCAAGUACCCUGAUGCCCAGGACCAGGCGAUUUGCACCCUGAUUGGUGGCUUUUUCUUCUUACGCUUUAUCAAUCCUGCCAUUGUCACUCCAAAAUCUUACAUGCUGAUUGAGAGGGUGCCGGACGAGAAACCCAAAAGGACCCUAACCUACAUUGCCAAGAUGCUGCAGAAUCUGGCCAACAAGCCGUCAUAUGCCAAGGAACCAUACAUGGCCAAACUGCAACCGUUCAUCCAACGGAACAAGGAUCGCUGCAACAAGUUCAUGUUGGACCUGUGCGAGGUUCAAGACUUUUAUGAGAGUCUGGAGAUGGACAAUUAUGUGGCACUGUCGAAACGUGAUCUCGAGCUUCAGAUCAGUUUGAACGAAGUUUAUGCUACUCAUGCAUUGCUCGAGAAGCAUAGCUUGGAACUGGCCAAGGAUCCUUCUUCUCACCUAGGAAUCCUGCUGCAGGAACUUGGCCCAGCACCACCGCAACUGCCCAGAAAAGACAACAGGGCGAUCAACCUGCCUCUCUACAGCAAGUGGGAGACAACCUUCGACGAUCUGACCCACGCCCUUGACAUUACUCCAGAAGAGAUCCAUUUUAUGGAAGCAAAGAGCACCUUUGUGCAAAUCAUGCGAAGCCUGCCGCAGAAUGCGGUGGUCAUGAGGCGCCCUCUUCGCCUUGACCGGGUGGCCGAAGCGGCAGGGACUCUGAAGAAUGACGCUGUCAUGGUGCGGAAAGGCAUCCGGUGUAUGGAGCUCCUAACGCAGCUGUCUGAAUGGGGGGCGAUAGAUCGUGCUGACGACUAUGCGGUGCUCCGGGAUGAAGUUGAGCAAGAGCUGGCCCACCUCGGCUCGUUAAAGGAGAAGGUGUUGGAAGAAACGGCCAAGUUGGAGGAUGUUUAUAAGACGAUUCGCGACCACAACGCAUAUCUUCUGUCCCAGCUCGACACGUACAAGAAUUAUCUACACAACGUGCGAAGCCAGUCUGAAGGCGCGAGAAGAGGCAAGACGGAGAAGGUGCGAGAGCUCGGCCCGUACAAAUUCACCCACGCCCAACUGGAGAAAGACGGUGUGAUUACGAGAAGCAACGUCCCCGAGAACCGGAGAGGUAAUAUCUUCUUCAUGUUCCGGAGCCCCCUUGCAGGUACUUUCGUCAUCAGCCUGCAUUACAAAGGGCGUGCGCGUGGUCUCCUCGAGCUGGACCUGAAACUAGACGAUCUACUCGAGAUGCAGAAAGAUGGUCAGGACGACCUCGAUCUGGAAUAUGUGCAGUUUGAUGUCUCCAAGGUUCUGACCCUGCUCAACAAACGGUUCGCGAGGAAGAAAUAG